AUGCCUCGCAAAGGGAGUCGAAAGGUGCGAUCCGGAUGUUUGACCUGUAAAGCCCGGAAAAUAAAAUGCGACGAGACGAAGCCAGCGUGUCUGCGAUGCGUCAACGCCGGUCGGGUAUGCCAAGGGCUGGAUUUCACGUCAUCUCGUCUUGAGCUCGUGCAACCGAGGCAACACGUUCUUGGGGAUUCGACGAGAAACGAAUCGAGAGCUAUCGAGUUCUUUUGCAAAGUUGCUGCUCCGUCGCUGUCCGGACCUAUCGAUCCUUACUUUUGGACGCAUAUCGUCCUGCAGUUUGCUGAGCAUGAACCUGCUGUCAGGCAUUCUAUCAUGACAAUCAGCUCUCUGUUUGAGAACCGCCAGCGUCAUGAUAGUUACUCGAAUUCUGCAGGUCAAAGAAAUGUCGCGGCUCUGAAGCAUUAUAAUGCGGCUAUUCGGGAACUUCGAGGAACUCAAAACCCGGACUUGGUACUGACGUUGUUGACAUGCCUUCUAUUUGUAUGCAUCGAAGUUUUGCAUUCAAACGGAGACGUUGCUAUUCAACAUUGCUAUCAUGGGAUCAACCUACUCGGUACUUGUGAUCCACCAAAGUGGGCACUAUACUAUCUGAUGCCGAUAUUUAGGAGACUCAGCAUCUUGCCCUUUUACUUUGGCGAUUCACAACCCUUGGCUGAUUGUCCUGCGUUGACACAACCAGCUGCAACAGUUGAUACUAAUUUCUCGUCAUACUUCGAAGCCCAAGUUUCGAUAGAUGCGAUUUACAACUUGACCAUACAACUUUUCCGAAGUACCGGAGAAUAUCGUCUUGGCAAAAUGCGACAUCAGCCGGGCCCACCCGAGAUAUUCAUCGAGCAAGAAAAGAUUCAUGGCCACCUGGCUCAGUGGAAGUCUGCAUUCGAGAGAUUCGAGUCCGAAACGUCAAUCGAGCUCAACUCAACAACCAAAAAUUCGCGGAUAUGGCCGCUUCAACAAUAUCAUGUUUGCAUGGCUCUUUCAACUGUGAUCGUCUCAACAGACGAAACUGAUUACGAUGUGUUUAUCCCGAAUUUCAAAGAAAUGAUCAAGGGUGCGGGCGAACUCGCUGGACUGAGGACUAGGCCGACGACGUCCGAAUUUCAUUUCGAGAUGGGCUUCGCGCCGUUUCUGUUCUUCGUGGCCAUCAAAUGUCGAGAUUUUGAAACGCGGAUUGAGGCGCUGCGACUGAUGGGUGUUCUCUGUGCUGCGCAAGAGAGUCUAUGGAAUAGCCGUACGCUGCAAGUCGUCGCGCAGCGGAUAAUCGAUCUCGAACACGGUGUCACAACGCAAUUUUCGGGAAGGUCCACGCGGUAUAACACUUUGCCCCCGGACGAGAAUAGAGUUCGACAUUUUGUUGUUGGGCCUAUAAAAGUUGGGCCAGAUGGCGUUGUUGGACGAGAGAUAUCACUGUACAUGCCGUCAGAAGAUGGCGGUAUAUGCAUCAAACGUGAGAUAUUCUCCAUGAAGAGACUGGGCGAAUCUCUUGAUAUCGAAGGAUCACCGGGUGUUUUUGCCGUCGACCUUGCUACACAGAAGUUAUUGAUGACUGCGCUGGAGGAUACUAACCUCUCAUCAUCGUGA